AUGAGUUGCCAACCUUUUACUUCGGCUGACACCUUUAUACCUCUCAAUUCUGAGUCUUCUGCAACUCUGCCUCUGAUCAUGCAUCACAGUGCAGCAGAGUGCUUACCAGCCUCCAACCAUGCCACCAACGUGAUGUCCACAGUCCCGUCUAUUUUGUCUUUGAUCCAAACUCCUCAAUGUCUGUGCACAUAUUUCUUGGUGACAACACUGGGAAACACAGCAACAGGACUUCAUUAUUCUGUCCCUUCCUGUCAUUAUGGAAACCAGUCAUCGACCUAUGGAGUAAUGGCAGGGAGCUUAACCCCUUGUCUUUAUAAGUUUCCUGACCACACCUUGAGUCAUGGCUUUCCUCCCAUGCACCAGCCUCUCCUGCCAGAGGACCCUACGGCCGCUGAUUUCAAGCAGGAGCUCAGGCGGAAAAGCAAAUUGGUUGAAGAACCAAUUGACAUGGAUUCUCCUGAAAUCAGAGAACUUGAAAAGUUUGCCAAUGAAUUUAAAGUGAGAAGAAUUAAGCUAGGAUACACCCAAACAAAUGUUGGAGAAGCCCUGGCAGCUGUGCAUGGCUCUGAAUUCAGUCAAACGACUAUUUGCCGAUUUGAAAACCUACAGCUCAGCUUCAAAAAUGCAUGCAAACUAAAAGCAAUAUUAUCCAAAUGGCUGGAGGAAGCUGAGCAAGUAGGAGCUUUAUACAAUGAGAAAGUGGGAGCAAAUGAAAGAAAAAGAAAACGGAGAACAACAAUCAGUAUUGCUGCAAAGGAUGCCCUGGAGAGACACUUUGGAGAACAGAAUAAACCUUCCUCUCAAGAGAUCUUGAGGAUGGCUGAAGAACUGAACCUGGAGAAAGAAGUAGUGAGGGUUUGGUUUUGCAACCGAAGGCAGAGAGAAAAACGGGUGAAAACGAGUCUGAAUCAGAGUUUAUUUACUAUUUCUAAGGAGCAUCUUGAAUGCAGAUAAUAUUAUCUAUUGUGUAAUAGCCAGUUUUUGUAUUUCUCAUUCUUUUCUCUUCUCCAGCCAAAAUAGAAAUUAGUUAUUUGCUUAGCUUUAAAAAAAAAAAUCUUAUCAGUAACUUUUGCAGAGCCUUUUCGUUUCUACUUAAAAUACAAUUUAAAUUAUAUUGAUGAAUUAUUCUAAUAAGCCACACUGUACAUUAUAAGCUAGACUAAUGGAAGUAAAACAAUGAUUUUUCUCUUUCUCAAUAGAUCUCUCCCUCUUUCUCCCCACCCCCACUUCCAUACAUGAGUGUGCAGAUGUGGUCUUUUAGUUUAAAGGCUUCUUUUCCAAAGGCUGUAUAUCUGCUUUUUAAUAUUCCAGUCAAUAAUGUCACAUAAAGAACAUCACCAGAGAAGAUCUUAUUAGAAAAUUCUUUAACCAAUGUUCUGGUUACCAUCAGCUCUAAUAGUUCGUUUGAACUAACAGUUUUGCAUUUAAGAACUAGGGGUGCCUUAGAAUUUUAUUAUUGCAUUUAGGAAUAAAUC